CACACCGCAAGCUUCGCAGGAGGUUUUGCACGCUUUGUUUUAGAUCAUCCAAGUACUAAUCCUGAUAACAAUUUUGGACCUACAUCUUCUGCAGUAAAACGUUGUUCAUCACCUGAACCAGUUGAACGGACUUCGUCUGCAUCUGUGGAUACUCUUUGCAAUAGUCGAUUACCAUUUUUCUCACCAAUUUCGCAAUCGGUUUCCAGCCGAGAAACCAUCUUCACAUCGCCGAAGUCACGCAAAUCCAUCCAACUUUCAGUUGCUGAAGAGGACGAGAAGCAGGCGGCUGAAGAAUACAAGGAUACUGUUGCGGCUGCGUCAUCCGACGAUCAGUCGGUGGUGUUGGUGGACCAUGUGGAUCUGGACGUUCGACCUCAGGAGGAAGAAGGGGACAUUGUGUUGUCUGGACGCGAAUCACCAAUGAGUCGCUCAGCACCGCAAGUUCAAAACGUUUUCACCGAGGAUGUGCGACGCUUAUCCGAUUCUGCGCUUACAGCACAGAUUCGUCUCAUGGAGCUCAGCCAAGAGUUGGCACGACGUAAACUACAAGCCACGAGUUCAAGUUCAACGGUGCGUGCAACUGCUCCCGCAGCUAGCUCCUCUCCAAGCGUUCCGGCAGCCGCUACCAGUUCUACGAAUUUGAGUGGAAGCUAAAGGGUGUGCACCUUCGUGGUGAUGUCAGACAGGACGAGAAGACUUAUUGUUUUAGGCACUGCAUUCGGCAGGCUCAUAACAACGUUUGAGAAGGGCAUAGAUGGCAGUUUAUUGCUGAGUCUUUGCAACCCUGUCUGAGAACGAACUUCCCCAUCCCAUGCCUAAUCCUUGUUACGUUUGCAGUUUUUUCUAGACCGUGAAAUGAAGCAAGGAGGAGAAGGGAAG